UAGUAGAAGGGCAGCCAAGUUUGGGAGUUUUACUUUGGAAGCAGCUAGUGAGUUGCAGCUUUGCUGUAGAGAGAAACAGAUGAAACAUUCCAGACAUAUAGCUGAUCAAUCAUACCAUGGCAGCAUUUUCCUUGUUAACGCCUGUGUUUAUAGGCAUUUUAUGUGUCUUUAUUGUGGUGAUCCUAAGGAGUAGGGGAAAAUCCUCCAACAAAUUACAAGAGAAUAAGAAGAAAAAGAAAGAAUCUAAACCAUGGGUAGAUGAGGAUCUACAAGAUGGGACUGAAAUUCUGCUCAACGAUGGUGAUAAGGAAGAGUGGCAAGACCUAGAGGAAGAAGAUUUGUUGCACGUUCCAUUUGCCCCUGCCCAUUACCCAGUGGAUGAAAUGGUUAAAAGAUCAAAACAUUUUUAUGAGUUGCUCAAUCAAAGAAGAUCAGUCAGGUUUAUUAGCAAUGAACCUGUUCCAAGAGAGGUUAUUGAAAACAUCAUCAGAACAGCAGGGACAUCUCCCAGUGGAGCCCAUACUGAACCCUGGACAUUUGUUGUUGUGCAAGACCCAGAAGUAAAACACAAAGUUAGGGAGAUUAUUGAGGAGGAAGAAGAAAUCAACUACCACAAAAGAAUGGGAGACAAGUGGGUUAGUGACCUAAAGAAACUAAGGACUAAUUGGGUAAAAGAAUAUCUGGACACAGCUCCAUUCCUUAUCUUAAUUUUCAAGCAAGUUUACGGGCAGCUUCCAAACAACAAAAAGAGAACUCAUUAUUAUAAUGAAAUCAGUGUGUCUAUUGCAUGCGGUCUCCUGCUAGCAGCCAUACAGAAUGUCGGCUUGGUAACAGUGACCACUACACCUCUGAACUGUGGCCCUCGUCUGCGUGUAUUGCUCCAGCGUCCUGUAAAUGAGAAAUUGCUGAUGCUGCUUCCUGUAGGCUACCCCAGUAAGGAUGCCACUGUGCCAGACCUGAAGAGGAAGCCACUACAAGACAUCAUGGUGAUUGUUUAAAACAAUCAAUAAAGGCAUUCUACUUUAA